GCACAUUAUAUAUAUAUUUUUUUAUUUAUGUUAAUUUUUGCAGCUUUAUUGGGCUACUAAGAUGCAGACCUGUGACCGCAUUGAGCCUCCUACUCCUGAUGGAGUUCUAAUGCAAUACCAGUAUUUCUCGGACAUCAUGAUCUCCUUUGCAUAUAUCUUCAUUACCUUGGAACUUCUUUAUUUUGCCAACAGAUCGAAAAUCUCCUCAUAUACGCGGGUCUUAUUGUUGUUUGGUGCAUUCAUCCUUCUCUGUGGAGCAACUCACUUUAUAAAUCUGUGGACAGUGUCAAAUCACUCUAAAACUGUUGCCAAAUUGAUGGCAGUAACAAAGUUUUCUACUGCUGUUGUAUCAUCUGUAACAGCUAUAAUGCUCGUUCACAUUAUUCCUGACUUGCUAAGUCUGAAGAGACAUGAAGUGAUUCUUAAGCGUAAGGCUGAAGAGCUUGACAAAGAAAAAUGCCUAAUUAUAAGAGACAAAGAAUCUGCACGACAUGUUAGAAUGCUGACUCGUAGAAUUAGAAGUACUCUGGACAAACAUACUAUUUUGGAAACUGCUCUUACUGAGCUAGGCAGGAUUUUAGAUCUUGUGGAAUGUGCACUAUGGAUGCCAUCACGAAGAAAUCUAAGUAUGGAACUUACUCACUCCUUGAGCAGUCUGAUGUGCUUUGGCUACUGUGUGCCAAUUCAUGUCCCUGCAGUCACUGAAAUAUUUAAUAGUGCUAAAGCAAUGAGGAUUCCACAUACAAGCCCGCUGGCAAAGAUCAGAUGUGAUGUGAGAACUGAUUAUCCGCCAGAGAUUGUUGCUGUUCGGGUACCACUUCUAAAACAUUCAGAAUAUGAAUUUUAUGAUGGCCCUGAAUUCAAUGCAAACCUUUAUGCCAUUAUGGUUUUAAUUCUUCCUCUGGAUGGCUUAAGAAGAUGGCACAGACAUGAAUUAGAACUGGUCGAAGUGGCUGCUGAUCAGGUCGCUGUUGCUCUUUCUCAUGCUGAAAUCCUGGAAGCUUCAAUGCGAGCUGGUAACCAGCUCAUGGAGCAAAAUCUUGCACUGGAGUCAGCUCGGCAAGAAGCUGAACUAGAAAUCCAUGCUCGCACAUAUUUCCUGACUGUUACAAAGCAUGAAAUGAUGACGCCUAUGCAUGCAGUGAUUAUCUUAUCUUCCCUACUUCUGGAAACAGAAUUAACUCCAGAGCAAAGAUUCUUAAUGGAGGCUAUUCAAAAGAAUUGCAACCUCCUUUCGGUACUAGUAGAUGAUGUUCUAGAUCUUUCUAGGCUGAAUGAUGGUAGUCUGGAAUUGGAUACAAAUAUCUUCAGUGUUCAUGAUUUGUUCGUAGAGGGAAUGGAUUUUAUUAAACCAAUAGCUUCUGCAAAGAAGUUAUCAGUUGAACUGAAUUUGGACAACGAUUUACCAGUUAAUGCUAUUGGUGAUAGGAAUCGUCUCUUCCAUGUCAUUUUACACAUCGUAGGAAAUGCUGUCAAGUUCACAAAGGAAGGUCAAGUUUCUCUAGAGGCUUCGGUUGCAACACCAGAGUAUUUGGAACUCUGCAGGACUCGUGAAUUUUGCCCUUUGCAAAGUGACAGCCACUUCUAUUUACUAGUGCAGGUCAAAGAUUCUGGGCAAGGUAUCGCCUCUCAAGACCUUAACCGUGUGUUCUCAAAGUUUUUAGAGUCCCAGAGGGCUUUACCUCAUGACAGAGGUCACCCUGGUCUUGGACUUGCCAUCUGCAAACGAUUUGUUAAGCUGAUGGGAGGUCACAUUUGGAUAAAGAGUGAAGGUCUCGGGAAGGGCACCACAGUUACAUUUAUUGUGAGGCUUGGAGUCUGAAUGUCCAACUGGCUCAACAAGAAAUGUUGCUAGCAACUAUGUUAUUGGGUAAAGCCUUCUGCGAUAAUAUGGCUACAUAGCAAUGUCAGUUCAUAUGCAGACAUGUCUGU